CCGGGCUGCGAGCAGUCGGAGUUGUGAGCCUGCGAGUCCCCGUUCAAAGCAGGGGCAGGGAGCGGGCAGGGGCAGGGAGCGGGCUGCGCAGAGGAAAUGAUGUCGAGGCACAUCUCUGGCGAGAAUCUGAUCUAAUUACAGUUUGGUGGCUCGGCGAAUUGCUCGGGCGGCAAUGUGAGUGAGGCUUGUACCGGCGGCUGCGGCAAGAUGCAGAAAGCAAUCCGCCUGAAUGACGGGCACCUCUCCUACCUGGGGCUGCUGGCCAAGAAGGACGGGAGCAGGAAGGGCUACCUGAGCAAGCGGAGCUCGGACAACACCAAAUGGCACAACAAGUGGUUCGCCCUGCUCCAGAAUAUGCUGUUUUAUUUUGAGAAUGAUUCCGCCUCGAAAGCCUCGGGUCUCUACUUGCUGGAGGGGUGUGUGUGCGAGCGAGCACCAUCUCCCAAACCAUCGCUGUCCGCCAAGGAUUCCUUGGAGAAACAGUAUUACUUCACCAUAAACUUUGGCCAUGAUGCUCAGAAAGCCCUGGAGCUGAGGACGGAGGACAUGAAGGAUGGUGAUGACUGGGUGACAGCAAUCAGCCAUGCAAGUUACAGGAACCUUGCAACAGAACACGAGUCCCUGAUGCAGAAAUACCUCCACCUUCUGCAGAUCGUAGAGACUGAGAAAACAGUCGCAAAACGAUUGCGGCAGCAAAUUGAGGAUCAAGAGAUUGAAGUUGAGCGACUGAAAGCUGAGAUUGCUUCACUGCUCAAAAACAAUGACCGCAUCCAACUAACCGAGCCAGUGAUGCAGAAUGAUGAAGAUGUUGAUAUAAGGAAAAUCAAGAAGGUCCAAAGCUUCCUGCGAGGAUGGUUGUGCAGAAGGAAGUGGAAGACCAUUAUCCAGGACUACAUCCGCUCCCCACAUGCUGAGAGCAUGAGGAAGAGGAACCAGGUUGUGUUCAGUAUGCUGGAGGCUGAGGCUGAGUAUGUCCAGCAGCUCCACAUCCUUGUGAACUGCUUCCUCCGACCACUCCGCAUGGCAGCCAGCUCCAAGAAGCCUCCGAUCACCCAUGAUGAUGUUAGCAGCGUAUUCCUAAACAGUGAAACAAUUAUGUUUUUGCACCAAAUAUUUUACCAGGGACUAAAAGCCCGAGUCUCCAGCUGGCCUACACUAGUACUAGCUGACCUGUUCGACAUUCUCCUUCCAAUGCUGAACAUCUAUCAGGAGUUUGUAAGGAAUCACCAGUAUAGUCUACAGAUCUUGGCCAGCUGCAAGCAAAACAGGGACUUUGACAAACUUCUGAAACAAUAUGAAGCAAAGCCGGAUUGUGAAGAGAGGACGCUGGAGACAUUCCUGACCUAUCCAAUGUUUCAGAUCCCCAGAUACAUCCUGACUCUCCACGAGUUGUUAGCUCACACACCCCACGAGCACGUGGAGAGGAAGAGUCUGGAGUACGCCAAGUCAAAGCUGGAGGAACUCUCACGGAUAAUGCACGAUGAAGUGAGUGAAACAGAAAACAUUCGCAAGAACUUGGCUAUCGAGCGGUUGAUUGUGGAGGGAUGCGAGAUUCUCUUGGACACCAGCCAGACGUUUGUACGGCAAGGAUCGCUUAUCCAAGUACCCAUGACUGAGAAAGGGAAGAUUACCCGUGGUCGGUUGGGAUCGCUCUCAAUGAAAAAGGAGGGAGAGAAGCAAUGUUUUCUGUUCUCCAAACACUUGAUAGUUUGUACCCGAGGAUCGGGUGGGAAACUCCACCUAACUAAAAUGCUGUUUGACAGUAAACGAAAUGGUGUUCUCUCACUUAUUGACUGCACCUUGCUGGAGGACCCAGAGACCACAGAAGAUGAGACUCGAGGAGCAGGUCAAGACAUGGAACACCUAGAUUUCAAACUUGUGGUGGAACCGAAAGAUACGCCGUCGUUCACUGUGAUUCUGGUGGCCUCGUCACGGCAAGAGAAAGCUGCAUGGACUAGUGAUAUUAGCCAGUGCAUAGAUAAUAUUCGAUGCAAUGGUCUGAUGAUGAAUGCAUUUGAAGAAAACUCCAAAGUCACAGUUCCACAGAUGAUUAAGUCUGACACCAGCCUUUAUUGUGAUGAUGUGGAUAUAAGAUUCAGCAAAACCCUCAACUCCUGCAAAGUUCUCCAGAUUCGCUAUGCAACCGUGGAGCGUCUAUUGGAGCGCCUGACUGACCUGCGCUUCUUAAGUAUAGACUUCCUCAACACGUUCCUGCAUUCAUAUCGGGUUUUCACCACAGCCGAAGUGGUGCUGGACAAGCUCAUCACCAUUUACAAGAAGCCAAUAAGUGCGAUACCUGCAAGGUCACUUGAACUCUUUCUUGCAAGCAGCCAAAAUAAUAAACUUAUGUACAGGGAGCCCCCAAAAUCCCCACGAGCGAGUCGGAAAUUUUCCUCCCCACCGCCCCUUUCUAUUUCUAAGACGUCGUCACCAAUUCGGAGGAGGAAGCUUUCCCUGAAUAUUCCCAUUAUCACGGGGGGAAAGGCCCUGGACCUUGCCACCAUGACUUGCUCAUCCAAUGGCUAUGCAAGCAUGUACUCCUCGCCGUCCCCCUUCAGCAAGACCAGCCUGGAUAUCAACAAGCUGUACGUGUCCAGCACCUAUUCCAACAAACUCUCCGAUGAGCAAGAAGCCAAAUCAGACAAAGCCGACGAUUCUGGUCCCAGUAAAGGAGGUGCAGCCAGGACAGUCAAGGAGGAUUCCGAGAUUGAGCAAGGCUUCAGUGAUGAGGCUGAGACAGAAACAUCACCGACAAAAUCUCCAACGUCUCCAAAAAAACUAAAAUCAAAGAACUCCUCAGAGUUCCCCUUGUUUUCCUACAAUAACGGAGUGGUAGUCACCUCCAGUCGGGAGAUGGAGAACAAUCGUAGUGCACUGUCAGCGACCUCAGCCUUUGCCAUUGCGACGGCUGGUGCCAACGAGGGCACUCCCACCAAGGAGAAGUUCAGGAGAAUGUCCCUGGCCAGCGCAGGCUUUCCUGCUGAUCAGAGAAUUUGUGACAAAGAAUUUGUCAUUCGAAGAGCAGCUACAAAUCGUGUGCUCAACGUGUUGAGGCAUUGGGUCUCAAAGCAUUCCCAGGAUUUUGAAGCAAACAUCGAGUUAAAAACCAAAGUGAUUGUUUUUCUGGAGGAAGUUAUUCAUGACCCUGAAUUGCUAACUCAAGAGAGGAAAGCAGCAGCUAACAUCAUCAGGACACUGAAUGAAGGCGAUCCAGGAUAUUACCAAAUCCCUAUGGAAGAGAUUAUGAGCACGACGGAAGCAGAGACUUUUGAGAAUCUUUCUGCCCUGGAGAUAGCUGAAGAGUUGACUUUGUUGGACCACCUGGUCUUUGGGUGCAUUCCAUAUGAGGAAUUUUUUGGUCAAGGUUGGAUGAAACCUGAGAAGAACGAGAGAGCACCCUACAUUAUGAAAACCACCAAACAUUUCAAUGAUAUCAGCAACUUAAUUGCUUCAGAGAUUCUGAAGAGUGAUGACGUGAAUUUCCGAACAGCUGCCAUUGAGAAAUGGGUGGCAGUGGCGGACAUCUGCAAGUGUCUACACAAUUACAAUGCCGUGCUGAUGAUAACCUCAGCACUGAACAGAAGUGCCAUCUUCCGGCUGAAAAAAACAUGGCUGAAAGUAUCCAAGCAGACCAAAGCAUUAAUUGACAAGCUGCAAAAACUGGUGUCUUCUGAAGGGCGAUUCAAAAAUCUCCGGGAGGCACUGAAAAAUUGUGAUCCUCCGUGUGUUCCUUACUUGGGAAUGUACCUGACCGACCUGGCAUUCAUUGAGGAAGGAACACCCAAUUAUGCUGAAGAUGGCUUAGUCAACUUUUCCAAGAUGAGAAUGAUAUCUCACAUAAUCCGAGAAAUCAGACAAUUCCAGCAGACGUCCUACAAGAUAGAGCAACAAAUCAAGGUGGCACGGUAUUUAUUAGAGCAGUCUAACGUCAUGGAUGAAGAAAGCCUUUAUGAAGCAUCUCUGAGGAUAGAACCAAAGCAGCCAACCUGAAUCACAAUCAUCCCUCAGCAUCAGAAACCUUGCAUAACUGAUGAUAUCGCUGGUCUCCUUCAAUGUGCUGUGCAUGGGCCAUCGCUGAAGAGAAGACACUACUAAAUAAUACACGGAGUGCACCAUCCGUCCACCUGCUCCAGAGGGCCAUUUGACAAUAAAACAGCUGCUGGACUUUUAUUGUAGAGCAAAUCUUUUUGAAAAAAAAAUAGUGCAGCAGUUGUUGCUAUUUAAGUUACAACUGAACCAUUUCAGCAUUCUUUAGAAAAUCUACACAGUUCUCCAACACUAUCCCAGAACGGAUGGUAUAAUGGGCCAGAACAUGCCCUUUCACUUCCAGGGGCUUGGAUCCAAUCCUGCCCUUGGUGCAGGGCCCAUGGUAUUAAAGUCUUCCCUAUCUCAUGGACUCCUUUUCACCACUGGGAACCACUGAUGUGCUGAAUGACCCUUACCACUUACAAAGGGUUGUGUGAUGUUCUCAUCCACACUUGGUCUUGUUAUCACAGGCUUAAGGCUAAACCUGACAGUCACCUCUUCUCUGAUGGAGGUUUCCUUUCACCACUGGAGGCACUGUGAUGUAACUGACCAGCACAUCAUCCUUUCCUGGGGAGGAUCUGAGUUCAUUACCCAGAUUGAAAGCUUCAUCUCUCUAGCUCACUCACCUUCUAUCUCUGGGUCCACAUUAAGAUUACCUUGAUGGGUCGUAUGACUCCUUUCCAGUGUUAAGGCUGGAUUAGCUCCCCUGGGACCCUGGUUUGAAUCCUCUCCUUGUUGAUCUGAUAAAUAAUAAGGCUCAGACUACUCAGUCAAGAAACAGGAGCCUGUCGCAUAGAAGCCCACUUGAUGUAGCACCAAUUUCCAGUUGAUGCCCACGGAUAGUGUGGGGGAUGUCCACACACUCCUACUGAAGCUAACACACAUAACUAAAACAUAUCAAGAGAUUAUUAGUUUGCACCUAUCCCAUGCUCUACCUAACUGCAGAACACUGAACACCAACAUUUCUCAACUCAUUAAGAUGAGAAUUACCAAGAUAAACCUCACCUUAAUGAGGACCAAAGAAAACCUCUACCCCCAAUACAGAAACAAAACUCCCUUACAAACAAUUCUGGGAUAAGAGUUCUGCUGAAGCUCAAUCUCCAGGCCAGUGCUUCUCUGUUGACCCCAAGCUGCUUUAAGUUUCUCUGGGAUUGCUUUGGCUGACACGAGAUGCUCUGCACUCACAAUGUCCAGGAUAAGGUUCGUCCACAGUGGCUUUGGGCAGCUCCUGGAGUCUCCGAGCAGUGAUGAGAAACGCAAAUAGGCUGGAUCUUUGCUCUGCGUGUACUUACAUUAUUUUAUGAGUAAAGAGAUUUUUCACUAGUCUGUCAACAUUUUCUUGGGUAUUAUUUUAUUUUAACUUCAUAGUAAAUGUGCGCAAUAACGACUCAGUCAAAAAUGCAAACAGAGGAAAUCAGGUUUUGAGCAUGAUUAUCUGUUAAAAAUCACUCCUCGAAUACAUAACCAGGCCUCUCCACUGAUUCAGCUUAGUGUAAUGUGUCGUACACAUCUUCAGUCUGCCUCUCCAAGCCAACGCCUGCUGCUGCUUAUAGAAUGCAGAACAAACGGGUAAAAUCAUUAUAUUCAAGCCAAACUGCUCAGGUGAAAUCAGGAAGUGCUUCAUCACCAAAACGUGGAGAGGAACUCUGGCUUUCAAUGUAAAAAGCUACAGAACUGCCUAUAGAUGGAGCAGGGGAUGGUGUGGAUAUGGUAAAUGGUCUGAAGUGCGAUCAGGUAAGAAAAAAAAAUCAAAGUGGAGAUUUUUAUUAAGCAACUAUAUUGGCAAUUGCACAAACCAUUCAGUCCAUUUAGUCAAUGCUGGAAUUUAUUGUGCACUCCAACUUCCUCGCACCCUACUUCAUCUCACUUGCUCCGGAUAUCCUUCAGUUUUUCUUCUCCCUUACACAUUUGUCCAACUUCCCCAUCAAUAUAUGUUGUUAUUUGUUUCAAUCAAUUCCUUCAGGAUCUUGGUUCACAUACCCACCACUCUCUGGGUAAGAGUUCAUUGUUAGAUUUACCAAUGACUCAUAUUCCGAUAACCUCUAGAUUUUAGGUCCCUACAAAUGAUAAUUGUUUUUCCAUGUUCCAUUAAAUGCUUUCAUAAUUUCAAAAGCCUCUCUGAACCCUAAGCUACCCUUACUAUCGGUAAUGGGUCAAUAGCCUCACAAGUCUAGCUCUAAAUGUUAGGAGACGACUGCGGGGCUGUGUAAUCCCCUCAAGUUCCUGUGUUCCUAUCACUGUUUAAUUUCUAUUGUUAGUUUCAGUUCUUCAAAAAAAAUAAAUGCAGUACAAAUGAAAGCAUGGUUUAAGAAAUAGUGCUUUUCUAAUGUUUGUGCUUUUCACUGCCAUGAAGGUCAUCAUGUCAGAUUAAUGCAGCACAGAAGCAGGCCAACGCAUCUGUGCCAUUGAAGGUGCUUACCUACGCUAGACCCAUUUAUCUAUGCUGUGCCCACAUUCUUCUAAACCCAUCCAAAUGUCUUCAACGUUGUAAUUGUACUUGCCUCGACCACUUCCUAUGGCAACUCAUUCCAUAAACCCAACCUCUGAACGGCAAACCUGCCCCAGUCAGAUCUCUUUUAAAUCUUCAUCUUUACACUUUAACCCUAUGCCCUUUAGCCGUAGAGUACCUUAUCCGAAGAAAAUGACUGUGACUAUCCAUAAUAUUAUAACUGUCUUUAAGGUCUCCCCUCAAUCUCCUUUGUUCCAGGGAAAAUACUCCCAACCUGUCCAGUCUCUCCUUAUAAUUCAAAUCCUCCAUUCCAGGCAACAUCCUGCUGAAUUUAUCCUGCACUUCAUCUAGCUUAAUCACAUUCUUUCUAAAGUCUGGUGAUCAGAAACCCAUAGAAGACUCCAAUUGACUUGUACCAUUGCAACAUAUUGUCCCAGUGUUGUUCUUAAUGUCCCUACUUGUGAAGGAAAGCACUACCCUGUCUACCUGUGUCACCAGUUUCAGCGAACUGUGUCACCAAUUUCAGGCAACUCAAUUUCUCUGGUCAGCGAUAUUCCCCAGAGCCCAGCCAUUUAUUGUAUAUGUCCUGCCCUGAUUUAACCGACCAAAGUUCAUCACUUCGCACUUACUAAAUUAAAUUACAU